AUGAUACCCAACAGCACGCUUUUUAUCCUUGGCCUCCUCUUUCUGUAUGCAGGACUCGUAGAGUACGCGCGACUCACGUGCUGGCGAGAUCCGACAUCGAAAUUCUACGCGCCCAAGCUCGCGCACACCCCCGCGUACUCGCGCCACAGGAUCCAUGAAGCCAAGAAAUACGCAGCCCAACUUGCGGCGGAGAAGCCAGAGAAGCCCGUCAAGAUGGGCAUUCCGGACUUGUGCGUGGGGAUCACGUCCGUCAGCAGAGACGGCGUGGCCUAUCUCAAGACCUCCCUCGCAUCUCUCAACCACGGCCUCAGCCCAGAAGAGCAGUCGCGCGUGCGCAUUGUCGUGCUCCUGGCGCAUACCAACAAGACGCAGCACCCGGACCACGAUGAGCCGUGGCUCCCCCUCAUGGCCGACAAGGUCGUCUACUACGACGACAAUGCCGACUGGCUGGACCUUGCGACGCGCAUAGAACUCGAAAACAACCAUCCCGUCAAACACAAGCUUGACUACUCCAUCGUCCUGGAGGAGUGUCAAAAAACCGGCGCACCGUACACCAUCAUGGCCGAGGACGACGUGAUCUUCCUCGAUGGCUGGCGACACCGCGUCAUGGAGGCACUUGACGCCGCGACGGAAAAAGCGUGGUCCUCUUCGCACAGAGAGUUCUUCUAUCUGCGGCUCUUCUGGUACGACCAGCUUCGUGGCUGGAACGCCGAAUCCUGGCCUACGUAUCUUUUCUGGUCGAGCAUGGUGGCAGGCUGCGUCGCGGGCGCACUGCACUUCACGCGGAAAGCGGUCCCCGCCGUGCGACGCACUCUGACACGCCCCAUCUGCGGACUGGUCAUCUUUGUCUUCACCCCGAUGCUGAUACUGCUGUACUUUGCGGCCGGACGCAACUGCAUGCAGCCGCCAGCCGAGGGCGUGACCGUCAUGGAGAGGAACGCAUGCUGUGGGCAGGGCCUCGCGUUUCCGCGCAACGUGAUCGAGCACGAGCUUCUGCCGUCCUUCCAUAACAACCGCUGGUCCGAGACGCCAGCGGACAGCUUCAUCGAGGACUAUGCGCGGGCGACGGGUGGUUUGCGCUACGCACUGACGCCGGUCAUCGUGCAGCAUGUGGGCGGCAAGAGCAGCUACGGCGCCAAGAGGGGCAAGCUGGGCAUCAUGACGCCCGGUAAGAUAUGGAACUUUGGCUUUGAGAGGCAUGAUCCCCAAGUGCUGGCGCGCGAGCAUGAACAGGUCCUGCAGGCGGAGAUGAUGGCACGUGAUCCUCGCGAGCGGGAUGAUGUCUUAUGA